UAGAUGAAAUCUAUGAUAUUGUGAAGGGGAAAAAGGGUGUGGGGAUUUGGCAAUGGCAUUCAAAACCAGAUAGCCCCAACACGUUCCUUCCUCAAUACUGCACUCCUUAACACUGGUGGAUCCACGCUUCGAAGUUCGACCCUUCCCUCUCUCUCCAAUUGCUUUCUUUCACCUUUCAACUUUGAAUUUCCACCUUCUGAUCAUCAUCAAUCACAGCUGAAUUGCAGUCUAGUGGGUCUCCGAACGCUUCAAUUUGGGGUUUUCCGGUAAAGGGUCUGUUUCAAUUUUACUCAUUUUUGUUGUCGUUGUUGUCCGUAUGGCUUCUUCUCAUAAUACUCAUUCCGAGACUGCAAAAGUUGAGCAAAUUUUAACUGAAUUCUUUCCUAAAACGCUACAAAUUAUACUGGAAUCGAGGGCCCCUUGUAUUUCAUCGCGUAAUUUUAGUGGCGAACAAGUUUUGUCUUCUCCAUCUUCUUCCUCCUCGUCUUCCUCGAGUAUGAGGCCGAGGGAUAAAUGGUUUAAUUUGGCUCUUCGUGAAUGCUCUGCAACGUUAGAGAAUAUUGAUCUCUGGCGUCCGAAUUAUCAUGAACCUAUGGUUGUUGAUGUUAUUUUGGUGCAGAGGCAAUUUGGUUUAGAUUCUGUUAGUGCUUCUCCUAGGAAAGAUCUUGUUAGGAAUUUGUCUCUGAAAGAGAAAUAUCCACUCUCUUUCAAUUCUGAUAAGGAUGAGUUUGGAAGUCAGACCAAGAGUGAGAAAGUUGUAGAGCGAUGGAUGGUGCAUUAUGAGAGUAGGAAAAACCGGGAUAGUAAUUCGGGUAGCAGAAGGUCCAGUAAUAGUACUGCUCACACCUACAAGAAAACCAUUUUACUCUUAAGGUCUUUAUAUGCCUUUGUGAGACUUUUACCUGCCUAUAAGGUUUUUCAAGAUAUCAGUUCAUCUGGUCAGAUUCACCCUUUUACUCUUGCUCAUCGUGUGUCUUCCUUUGCUGAGCCUUUCACCCGGAGGGAAGAGGCCGAAAUGCAGCGAUUUGUGUUCACUCCUGUCGACACUUCUUGUGGUCGACUAUGCCUCUCAGUGUUAUACCGUUCAUCCCUCUCUGACAUAAACUCUGAACCAUCAACUCCUAUGUCUCCUCAAGUUAUUCCUGAAUAUGUUGGGAGUCCAUUGGCAGAUCCAUUGAAAAGGUUUCCUACCCUCCCUGUAACGAUAGCACCAUCUCAUGGAUCUCCAUCGUCGUUGCCAUUCUCAAGACGUCAUAGUUGGAGUUAUGACCGUUUUAGACCUUCCCCUCCUUCAGUCUCCUUUUCACCUUCACCAACACAUUCAGAGUCUCAUGCUUUAAUUUCAAAUCCAGCCUUUCCCCGUUUACCUCCUUCAAGCUUACCUUCACAACUGCCUGAAAUGGUUACGGGACAUAAAGAUAAUAUGAACUACGAUGAAUAUUACCCUUCUCCUGUCUUUUCUCAAUCACCCUCACUGUCACCACCAAUUCGCAUUCGUGUAAAGCGCCUGCCAAAUGGUCUAUUGCAGUCUGAAAGUGCUCCUCCAAGUGCACCUAUUGCAAAGCUUCCUCAUUCCCCUGCAUUAUCAAGCAAACCGAAUUUGCCACCAUCCCCUCCCCUUAAAGCUUCUGGAGCAAUUAUUUCUAGGAUUAAUAGAGAUGUUGGUCCAUUGCCGGCUGGCUCUGCAAUUGGAAAGUCAUCUUCUCUUGGACGAGAUGAAAGCCAAAGAAUUUCAGGCUGGAGGGUAUCAUCCAAUAACUCACCAAUUUCAAGAAGCUCUAGUAGAUCUUUUCCAGAUGACUUAGAUGAUCCAGAGUUUCCAUGCCCCUUUGAUGUGGAUGAGGAUGAGAUGACAGAUAGAGGUAGCAGGCCUGAAUCCUUCGACCAAAAAGGAAAUCUUUGCGACAUGCUGGAACCCGGGGGAUUUUUUCCGAUCCGUAAAUCUCAAGAUGCUGCUGUUGGUGCUCUAGUACGUAUGCUUCAAAAAGCUCCACCACUUCGCCAAGACUUCACCAACUCCACUGCAGAUCUUGGACAACCCCCUACACCUGAUUCUCCAAGCAGAAAUAUCCAACGGGGAAAUCAAAUAUCCGAGUCAUUGGCUUUAAAGAGUCGCUAUGCUCCCUCCUCUAGUAUCGCAGCCUCUGGUCUUUUUGUGCCUAAAACUACAGCUGAUGCACUGGAAGAACUACAAAGCUAUAGAGAGAUGAAAAAUUUGUUGAUAAGGCAAGCUGGGAAAACUCACACAUGAAUCAAAAUAUGGUCUGAAGUAGGAGAAACCUUAUUAUAAUCUCAUGAAGUCAGUAGUACCAUAAUAUGUGAAUAUCUUAAGUCCUAUGAAUACAUGUACAGUAAUUUCCUUUUCCAAGUUGCAGGUUCUGGAGCUUGAAACUACAUUGGUUGGCUUCUAUUUUUCUUCUUGUACAUAAUUUUAUAUAAUUGGGGUGAUCGAGCAGUUAUGACCAUAUGACCCACCUCAGGGCACUUACACCUAUAACCUCUGUAUAUAAUAUAAAUGCAAACUUGCUAAAUCUUUGAACUCUUUAUUAUCUUCUCAUUGAAGCUAAUUUGAUCAGUUUAUUUUAAUAGA